AUGUCUUUUUUGUCAAUAAUUCAUAAUGAUUUCAGCCAUUUUCUACUAGUGACCAUCUUUUUAAUUGGUUUAAACUCUUUGUUGACCGUUUUGAGCUUCCUGGUUGGUGGGAAAUCGUCAGUGUUGGAAAGAAAUUCCGACUUUAAUUUUGGCACACUCAAUCUCUUUGACCAAAUAACUCAUCAAGGCGGAACAUGGGCUCUCGUGCUCAGUCUUUUUCUUUGUCCGUUGGCCGCUUUCUUUUCGGCAACAAACGACCGACUAGCUCCGUCGAUACGCUUACUGCUCAUCGCUGAGAAUCUCAACAAGUUCAUCUUCGUCAUAACGAACACACUCGGAACUUUUUGUGUUAACGAACAACCGUUUCCACUAGAUUGCCCUGAAGUAUUAAUAACAUACUGGCAACAAGUCAACAUUUUUCUUCAUGGCUACGAUUUCGUCACUGCAGCCAAAUAUUGUCAAUUGAUGAUAUCGCUUAGCCGCUUCUUUGCCGUCUCCUUUGAUGGUCGUUAUUUUCGGAGUACACAAAAGUGGUCGUGGGUUCAACUGCUAAUACCCAACAUUGCGACACUCGGUCUUGUGCUCAUUAAUGAGCUAGUGGGAAGCACAGACACUUGUCUGCACAGUUAUAUCUACCCGGGAGUCUUGUUGAUCAUGUGUUCGUUAGAUGCGGUGACUGGGCACAAGAUGACACAUUUGAGGAAACACGGCAAAGUCUCCAAAGCCGAGGGUCUGCUCAUGUUACAGAUGUUAUCAAGCACCGUUGUGAUACUCAUCAGCACGAUCGGAAGCGUUUUGGUCUUGUUGUUGAUCGAGCUAUUUGCGACAAAUCUUCUCAUUUACAUGUUUUACCACAGUUUGCUACCGCUAAGUGACUCGUUUUUGUUUAUUUUUCUUCAAAGUUUAAUAAUGAUAUUCUGUUUGCGGAAACGGAAAGACAAGAAACGGAUCUCGAAAGUCUCCACUGCAAACGAAUUUCGACCAGUGACGAGAGUUCGA